AUGGCCCCGGCCUUCCGGCCGAUCCUCAGCCGCGUCCUUUGGCUCGCCUGCCUCCUGCCCUUGGCCCCGGCUAGGGUGGCCGCAGGGCUGUAUGAACUGCACCUCACCACCGAUGGCCCGGCCACCACGGGGGCAGAGGUGACGAUCACAGCUAGCCUGGUGGCCAGCGACAAUGGCAGCCUGGUCCUGCCCACCAACACCCGCCUCUACCACUUCCACUGGAUCCAUACCCCGCUGCUGCUCACAGGGAAGACCGAUGAGGCUUUCAGCUCCACCAUCCGUGCCGUGGGGACUGUGCCCGGGGACUUCCCUGUCUCCGUCUGGGUCACCGCUGCCAACUGCUGGACAUGCCCGCCUGUGGCCAGGAGCCUCCUUGUCCUCCCCAUCACAGAGCUCCUUGUGGGGAACCUCGUUGUCACCCAGAACACCUCCCUGCCCUGGCCCAGCUCUUACCUCACCAAGACAGUCCUUAAAGUUUCCUUCCUUCUCCAUGACCCGAGCAACUUCUUCAAGACGGCCUCAUUUCUCUACAACUGGGACUUCGGAGACGGCACCCAGAUGGUGACGAAAGACGCUAUGGUCUAUUACAACUAUUCCAUCAUCGGAACCUUCACUGUGAAGCUCAAGGUGGUGGCUGAGUGGGAACAGGCAACGCAGAAUGCCGGGAAGGGCAUCAUGCAGAAGACAGGCGACUUCUCUGCCUCGCUAAAGCUGCAGGAAACCCUUCGAGGCAUCCAGGUCUUGGGGCCCACCCUCAUCCAGACCUUCCAAAAGAUGACAGUGACCUUGAACUUCCUGGGGAGCCCCCCUCUGACCGUGUGCUGGCGUCUCAAGCCUGAGUGCCUGCCGCUGGAGGAAGGGGAAUGCCACCCUGUGUCGGUGGCCAGCACGGCCUACAACUUGACCCACACCUUCAGGGACCCCGGAGACUACUGCUUCAGCAUCCGGGCUGAGAACGUCAUCAGCAAGACACACCAGUACCACAGGAUCCAGGUGUGGCCCUCCAGCAUCCAGCCGGCUGUCUUUGCCUUCCCGUGCGCCACGCUGAUCACCAUGAUGCUUGCCUUCAUCAUGUACAUGACCCUACGGAAUGCCGCUCACCAGAAGGACAUGGUAGAGGUGGCUGAUUUUGACUUUUCCCCCAUGUCUGACAAGAACCCGGAGCCUCCCGCUGGGGUCCGCUGCUGCUGCCAGAUGUGCUGCGGGCCCUUCUUGCUGGAGACUCCCUCGGAGUACCUGGAAGUUGUCCGCGAGAACCACGGGCUGCUGCCGCCCCUCUACAAAUCCGUCAAAACGUACACCGUGUGAGCGCCCCCCGGGUCCCAUCGCGGCUUUAACUACCGCCAGCGGGGCUCUGCAGACAGGGCGGUGCGCGCCGCUGAGCAGGCGGGGCUCCGGGUGUGGGGCUGUCCUCCCUGCUGGCCAUCCAUCUGUGUCUCCAGCUGCCACCAUGAGACUCCCGCAGCCCCACCCCCUGCCAUCCAUCCAUCUGUACAGUCCGGCCUCUGCUGUGAGCCCCUCUCCUUCCGCCCUUCCCAACCCCUUGCCUUUGAAGAGCCCCAGGUGGGGCCCCGACGUGCAGGGGGGUCCCUCCCCUCUCCCAAGGGUGCUUGGCUGUCCCUCACCCAUUCCUCCCCCCGCGUUGGCCCUUCUGCUGUCCGUCUGGGGUCUGAGCUUCCUCCCCAGGGUGGCCCUGCCCAGGUCAGAGAACUGGAAGGAAGGUCACCAAGGGUUGAGGCUACAACACAAAAAGGUUAUACAGACAGAAACAAGCGCAUGCGUGCGCACACUCACACACACACAGAUACACACGUCACACAUGUCACAGAGGCAUCUCCAACGGGGUCCUCUGUAUCAGUGAGGUUGGUUGCUAUGUCCUGAAUUAGGACCAAAAUGACAUCGGACUUUCUGCACUUGGCCACGCGCCGCUACUGGGCCCGGCCCUUCCCUUUGUGCACUGGUCCCGGUGGCUCCUGGGGCCCACUCUUAGGACACUCCGUUUCCUGCCUGUUUGCUGGGGGUGGGGUGGGGGCUAACGCUUUGUGAGUGCGGAGGGCUUUAUAAACAGCACCUUCUGUUCCUGAGUCUGUUAACUUCCAUGGAGGGAAAAGAGAAGCCAGCCAGCGGGGUCAUGGGUUCACUGUGGGGGAUGGGGUCCUUGGCCCUCUGCAUGGCCUGGGGGAGGAGGAGGAGGCAGGUCUGGAGGGAUCCCUUGGGGGAGCCUAGAGCUGGGGGAGACAGCGGAUCCAGGUGCCUGCGAGAGAGACCACAGUGAGCCCCCCACCCCCGCCUGGCACAGCUACGCAGGAGCCUGGGGAGCCAAGUUAGGGGCCUGUUGGGACGGAAGGGGGCAGGGCCGUGGGGGCGAAGCUCUGUUGCCGUAAUCUUUGCUCUCGGACUUUGUGCAGACAAGAGCAUUCCCGCUGUCGUGCCGCUCAUUCUCAUGAAACACUGCCAUUAGUGCUGAAUAAAGCUUGUGUGCUCUCAGAAUAGCCGAGCAGA